CAUCUCUAAUUCAUUUUAAUACAGAUAUUAAAAUGGCAUGCUGUUCUUGCCAUCACAAUCGAAGCAUGGCGGCACAAUAUCAUCAACUUCACCCUCUUUAACUCAAAGAUCAAAACCAAACACACACACAGACAUAAAACAAGUAGACCUACAUGCUUGCAGCUUUGAAUGUUUCUUUGCAACAAGAGUCACAGUCAUUCCUGGUCUAUGAGACAUGUGCAAGUGCCCCCCAAAAGCUGUGGUAUAGUUCACACACUGCAGAUGAGCAAUACGUCAGUGGGGAACUCUUUUACUGUCUACCAUGGAUUGGAUUUGGCGAUCGUUAACUUUUCCAACUUUUUUGAUUUGUCCAAUAUUGUAGUAUAAAAGUGGUUCUUAAAAAAAAUCAAAAUCAAAAUGUGGCCUUCCAAAGACGUGUUGCCUUUUGUCUGAGUUCAUUCUCACAGCUCAUCCUGCGUUACUUAACACCACAUCCUUUUGUGACAUACAUUGUUCUGACCUCUAAUUAUUCCUAUUUCCCACAAGCAUUGUCUGCUCUCUCACACACACACACACACACACACACACUAUCUUAGCCUUUUUGCAGUGACUCCUGCCUAAAGCAAAUAACAUCCAGCUUUAAGAACAGCCUUGGGUCACCAUAAUGACCAACAGACUCUACUUUAGAGAUAAGAGGCGAUCAGCACGUGACAAAUUGGAGACAAUAUAAACAUAAAAACAGAUUCACAGCUGUGGUGUUUCUGCAGAAAAUGAAUCUAUUCUGUAAUCAGUGUGAGAUGAAGUGUCUCCAGAUAAAUCCUUCAAACUGUAAAAGGAUCAACAGUGAAGUCUUUGCCAACUGUUUGUGAUUCCAGCACUGUGUCGUCAUGCUGUAAAAACACCUCUUCUGUAAUCCAGUCUGCAGGCGGGUAAACAAUAUGUGGCUUUAUCGUUUUGAUGGCACCGUAACUCCAUAACAACAGCGUUAGAUUUCAUCAAUUGAACCAAUUCAGUUAAAGGUGCAAUAAAAGCAUUGGAUAUCAACAUUCAGCCCAUUCAGGCAUUUUAAUAUCUUAAAGUGUGUUGCGUACAAAACUUCCUGGACCUGAAGGCACAGUCAGCAACAUGAAAACGAUAACUGAAGUCAAGCUGUAAACCACUGCUAUGCUCUUUGAUCUCGUGUCCAAAGGGCAGGCAGGAUCCAGUGGUGCAGUGCUAAUAACAAAGUGUGCUGCUAUUAUUGCUGAAAGAGAGUCCAAACAAAGCCAUGGCGGAGAAUGAGGAACAGGGAAAGCUUGUGGAGAGGAGAGGGAGAUUAACUGUGGUGCUGGUGUUGGCGACACUCAUAUCUGCAUUUGGCUCAUCAUUCCAGUAUGGUUACAAUGUGGCUGUGGUCAACUCUCCAUCACCGUUCAUGCAGCACUUCUAUAACACCACCUACAUGGAGCGUUACGGCCGACCGAUGGAGGAGAACUUCCUAACUCUGCUGUGGUCUCUCUCUGUGUCCAUGUACCCGCUAGGAGGCUUCUUCGGCUCUCUGAUGGUGGCCCCUCUGGUCAACAAACUGGGGAGGAAGGGCACCCUCCUCUUCAACAACAUCUUCUCCAUCGUCCCUGCUGUGAUGAUGGGAGUCAGCGAGAUCGCCAAGUCCUAUGAGAUCAUCAUCGUGGCGAGGUUUAUAGUGGGCAUCUGUGCAGGUCUCUCAUCCAACGUGGUGCCCAUGUAUCUGGGAGAACUCUCUCCCAAAAACCUGAGGGGAGCCCUUGGCAUCAUACCGCAGCUCUUCAUCACCAUUGGCAUCCUCAGUGCGCAGGUGCUGGGCAUCAGAAACAUACUGGGCAACAGCACAGGUUGGCCUCUCAUGCUGGGUUUGACUGGUAUCCCCGCCCUGAUAGAGCUCCUGCUGCUGCCCUUCUUCCCAGAGAGCCCCAGGUACAUGCUCAUCCAGAGAGGAGAUGAGAAGACGGCAAGGAAAGCACUACAGCGUCUGCGUGGCUGGGACGACGUGGAUGCAGAGCUGUCAGAGAUGCAUCUUGAGGACCAGUCGGAGAGGGCCGAGGGCCGCCUGUCUGUGCUCAGCCUGCUGUCCCAGCGCUCCCUUCGCUGGCAGCUGGUCUCCAUAAUCGUCAUGAACAUGGGCCAGCAGCUGUCGGGGGUCAACGCGAUCUACUACUACGCAGAUAGCAUAUAUGCCACUGCUGGAGUCAAGCAGAAUGACAUCCAGUAUGUCACUGUGGGAACAGGUGCAGUGAAUGUCUUCAUGACCAUAGCUGCUGUCUUCAUCGUAGAGGCUUCAGGGCGACGGCUGCUCCUCCUUUGUGGUUUUGGGAUCUGCUGUGGAGCCUGUGUGCUGCUCACUGUUGCCCUCAACCUCCAGGAGAGCGUGACGUGGAUGCCCUACGUCAGCAUCACCUGUGUCAUCAUCUACGUCAUAGGACACGCCAUAGGACCCAGUCCCAUUCCUUAUGUGGUGACCACCGAGAUGUUCAGGCAGUCGGCCAGGCCGGCUGCCUUCAUGGUCGCAGGCUCCGUCCACUGGCUCUCCAACUUCACUGUUGGCCUCAUCUUCCCCUUCCUAGAGAGCGGUCUGGGCCCCUUCAGUUUUAUCAUCUUUUCUUUCAUCUGUCUGGUCACGCUCAUCUACAUCUGGCUGGUGGUCCCGGAGACCAAGAGUAAGACCUUCCUGGAGAUCUGCCAGAUGUUUGCCAAGAGAAACAAAGUGGAGAUCAAACUGGGUGAUGGGGAUCUGCCACUGAAAGAGCACAAAGAAAGCCUGGAGGAUGAAUUGAGGGUCACGGCCUUCUGAAGACAAAUGAGACCAUUCAGAGGAGAGGAAGUCUUCACUCUGGGGAGGAUUGUACUGCACUGAAAUGUCUUAAUUUAGCCUCCAUUUUCUACAAAGAAUCUUUACACAGACUCUUUUGAUAUUGUUUGUUUGUGGCCACAAAGCCAGCUAAAAAUACAAAGAGACUUGGGCCAAAUCCCAUUUAGUAUUAUUAUUACCCCUCGUUUUAGAGUGCCACCUUGCCCCUCGGAACAGAGUUAUAAAGGGCAGUGGUUGAAAUCUUUCCCUGUGAAAUGUGACCACCCUUGAAGACCCUGAUUUUAAUUUUGUAUUUAUUUAACCUUUAUUUAACCAGGAAUUCCCACUGACAUUGAAAAUCUCUUUCACAAGAGAGGCCUGGCCAAGAUAGCAGCCAAUCAAAACACUUUUAAAAUGCAACAAAUACGAUAUAUAAUACAAAAAUCCACAAAUGACAACUAUUCAAAUAUUCUCAAGAAAAACAAGCACAUAUCUCUAUCACCACAUUCUUUAUGAUGCCCUUAAAUUCACUGAUGGAUUUAAGUGUUUCUAAUUUAGAUAUUUUUGGAGAUUGUCCAAGGUACACAGUAGGAUAAUGCAGUUUUCCCCUGAUACGUCCAUUGUUGUCAGUGCUGGUUUUCACAUAAACAGAUGUGACAAGUGUUUCUGGACAUUGCAGAUACACCAUCUUCUGCUGUGGUGAUUUCUCUUGCGUGUUUGUGGUUAUCAGGGCACUCACGAUAGAGUGGUGCAAGAACUACAUUUAUUCGUAGGCCAGCCCAGAAGUUAGCUUCGCCAUAGUUCCCUUGACGAAAAUCCAAUGGGAUAUUUCCAUUGGAUUUUGGAGUACUGCAGAAAAUAAACCUUGUGGCAAAAAAAGAGAGUUUUCGAUACUUACGUGUUUUGUUCAGCAAGAUCAUCUUUACAAAUAACCACAACUUUCAUUAUUUUUGAAGUUUAAAUGCAAUCUCCAUGAGUAAAAAGCUAAUGUUGGGCUAUAAACAAACUACACUUUGGUAGCAAGACGUCGCCAUCACAAUGAGGCUGUAAUGUCGUGUUUGGCAUAGUGAUGCUAUGUAGUCUUAUUUAACCACCUUUUAGUAACUGCCUUUUUAAAAGAGACUUUAAAGCUUUAAGAUUCACAAGUUGGGUAUUUACAGUACUGGUAUAUUUUAUGUCAUUGAACAAAACAUGAAAGCCUCUUAAGCUUGUGUUAACCACAGACUUUAUUUAUUUCAGGCAUCUCACCAAAACCUAUUCAAAAACCCAAUGACUUUAAGAUGAGGGAACUGGAGGAGCUAAAGUGUUAACUCAUUUACAGUUUUAGGAAUCAUUCCUGCAUCCCUCCAUUUGUUCACGACUUCAGUUUAUGCUAUUGAUCAGUCAAACAAGUCAUCAGAUUAAAAAUAACUGCUUCAUUAUCAGGCCUUUAGUGGUGCUCUGUAGGCUAAUGUUAGCAGCUCGUACUUCUACCCUGCCGGUCUGCACUGAUAUUAGAGAAGCGGUGACAAGUGCAGUAACAUUGCUGCUGGACUUUAGUUAAAUUUCAGGUGUCACAUGCCAUCAAUGGGAGCAAUGAGAUGUGGAAACAUGUCAAAAUGAAAGACUGUCACGCAAAAAUCAACAAUAGCAAUGUAACGUUAGCUAGCUAGCAGGGUGGCCACCAAAACAUUAGCAUACAAGCUAUUUCUUUUGUCAUGCUUUUUAUAGUCCUAAAUAAGAGGCUAUGAUACAUUAAAAUGACAUUAAACUACGUUUAAACUAAAUCUACAUAAACAAAGAAAAUACAUUUGUGUUGUUGUUUUUUUGUUGCUAGUGCAGCCAUCUUGCUGAUGGUUUCUCAUAACACUUUUAAGUGUAAAAAACCUCCACUUUGAGGGCCAUGUAGGCUUUACUUCACCCUAUCUCUCAUCACAGGGCUGCCAAGUUUCAGAAAAUGA